AUGGAACGAUUGAGCCUCAUUUCCGGUGCCAGUAGCAAGUCAGCACACUUCCGUACACGAUAUCCUACGCCAGGGAUGACCACGUAUAAAGAUAGGAUGCCGAAAUUCGUGUCUAAGAAACGCAAUCUUACAAAGAAUACACGCCGGCCCGACGGAUGUAAACGAAGAGAGGAGUUAUUACAGGCGUUGAGUACAGCGAAAGAGGCGACAAUUUGCGCUACGAAGGGAAGUCGUCUAUUGGAGGCGGUCAAGAAACAGAUGAACAUAUUGGAGGAGAGAAGAAUGUUCUGUGUCGAUGCACAGCAUAAAUGGCUAAGGGAGGACCGUGGGCAGUACUUCCCUACAAAGAGACGGGAAUGUCGCAUAGGGGAGGAACUAAACACUAUUGAAGAUCUUCUAGAGCGUCUUGGCACGGUUAUGGGGACUUGUGAAGGAGUAGUCUGUGCUUGUCAACUGGUCACCAAAACUGCGGGAGACAAAAUUAGACGAGCUAAGUCGGAUGCUGAUACAAGAGAUGUAAACGUUGCAUUACACAACCACAUUGAAAUGUAUUCAGAAGCAGGUUCUAUCGAUCCGGGUUUUAGCUUUAGGGUAAAAACCCUCUUGCUCGGCGGAAGCGAGCCUAAUAGUCAUAGCCGUCAAUACUUAACCCUAAUCUCCCUCGACUUUGCGCAAUUCCAGUCAAAAACUUUUAACUUAAACGGCAAAAUUCAUGGUGCAACGUUGGUUCUAUGUGACUCCGCUUACGUUGCAUGA